AUGUACCUUCCACAGAAACGGGGGCUCAGCCGCAAAAACAGCGUGUUUAUUAUCUGUGUUUCAGUCUUGAUCUCUCUGAUCAUCCUCAGCGUGUGUCUAUAUUCAGUCGCUCGAUGGCUACGUGAACGCUACUCCGAACCUAAAUACAUUCCUGGUCAAACCUUGAAACGAAAAUGGAGGCAAUGGCUUCCUGGGAGUUCAUCGUAUGGGCAGGUGCCGACCCAUGGUGCUCAAAGCAACGGUCGCGACACCUCUUACCGGGGCGCCCGAGGAUCUGGUCCCGAGAUGGUCUCAGUCUCUUUCAGCAACUCUCGCAGCAACAACAGUGACAAUAACAAUAACAGUCAUGGCCCGCAACGUGAGACCUCGAUUCGAUCCGUGAUCACAUUGCCAGCUUACUCCGCAAGCCCGAAGCCUACGGAACAGGUGAUUGCUCGCGAGGGAGAACGUGCGGGAAUGGACGUGGUUAUCGAGUUUCCCGAGACGGCAGAGGAAGAAGAGUCUCGACGUGAUGGUCAAAUGGAAGCUCUCUACCAGCUUCGAGUACAACGGCGACAGGAACUGGCCGAUCGCGAGGCUCGCCGUCGGGAGCGUCGGGAGGCUCGGGCUCGAGGGGACUCGGUACGUCUCGAGCAACUGAACGAGGAGUCGCGCAACCGCACUCGGCGCCGUCGUGAUGGGAAUGAGAGCAGCACUUCUCUCGCCGCCUCGGCCGUCGUGGCAGACUACCGCGCUCGCGAGCGAGAGCGACGGAUUGCGAGUGUUAGUUACGCCGAUCUCGGUCAUGUUCGACACGACGGAACUCGUCUUCGAGCCGAUUCUCACAACUCCGACUCCGACCAACACCCUCUUCUUCAGAAUGCGGAAAUGCACGCGUCAUCACCUUCAUUGACCACGAUCCCUACCACCCGCUCUCAGGUUCAAUCCUAUGCAUCCACAAUGUCCAACGAGGCGGAUCCGCUAGUUUUGCGUCCGGUCUCUACGCAGGCAUCGUCCAUUCGACCUAUCUCCGCAGCGGUUGAAGAAGGUGAUUUGGGUGCAUUCAAUAUGCCACCCCCUCCCGACUAUGAUCACCUCGAUUGGGGUGAGGCGCCUGCCUACGAAAGUCCUGUCAACCAGCGGAAUGAGAGUCGUUUGCCGGAAAUCACCCGGCUGCCUUCCAUCCACAUCAACAUUGCGAGCCCAACCACAUCUUCCCCAGUGGCACCUGCCUCGCCCCCCAACAUGGUUACUCCGCCCGAUUCGGUCUCACAACAUUCUGCAGGGGAGGGAGAGUCCUCGCCAGGCUCAUCUGCACCCCCAGGCAUCCCAGUUUCGUUGAGUCACGAAACAUCAGCAGGGCACACUGCUUCGCGGUGA